UAAAGGAGGGGGAGGCGCACAUGCAUUGAGAGAAGCCCACUUGCACACACAUAGUAGUAGCAGCCGCAUUUUCGCAGCCUGCUCAUCAGACUGACAGCAGCAAACGUAGUUUAGAGCCAACACAACAGAGAGAGGAGCACAGAGGGCUAGAAACAAGGAAGUUAUUUACAGAGGACUGAAAAGAAUAGAUUUACUCAUGAUUUGAUGCUUUUUCAGCACCCCAGGGACCAUAAGAAGCUCCCAUCUGCCCCUCUACAACUGAACUUUCUCUGCAGGAGGACCUGCCCUCUAUUAUGGCAUCGCUGAUGGGACAUGGGGACUUGGCUUUCCUCUCCUCUGUCUCCCCUCAUCCCUCGAUGUUCCUCCUUUGGACUCUCUCCUCUUUCUUAGUUCAGGUCUACUGCUUUAAUCUGGACACCACUCACACCCUGCACAAACUGGGAGACAGGGGCACCUUCUUUGGGUUCUCGGUGGCACUUCACCAGCAGCUUACCCCAGAGCCUCAAAGCUGGAUCUUGGUGGGAGCACCUCAGGCUGCAGGGCAGGGGCAGCUGAGGGGAAGUCGACCUGGAGCCCUUUUUCGUUGUCCGAUCACACCAGAAGAGUACGACUGUGAGAGGGUCGAUAUCGACGGAGACAUAAACCUUGACAGAGAGAACAAAGACAAUCAAUGGUUGGGUGUUUCAGUCAAAAGUCAGGGAAUUGGAGGCAAAGUGGUGGUCUGUGCUCACCUGUAUGAGCUAAGACAACGAGUCAGACAACCUUCUGAAACUCGGGAUCCCAUCGGACGUUGCUAUGUUCUCAGCGAUGACCUGACAAAGCGAGAUGAACUGGAUGGAGGAGAAUGGAAGUUCUGUCAGGGCCGACCUCAGGGACACGAGCAGUUCGGUUUCUGUCAGCAGGGCCUCUCUGUCAAUUUCACUCCAGAUAGAAAGUACAUCUUGUUCGGCGCUCCAGGAACCUACAACUGGAAAGGCGAGAUGCGAGUCGAGCUCCUCAACCAGACUGCGCUCGAACUUGAUUUCUAUGACGAUGGCCCAUACGAGGUGGCAGAUAACAAGGAUUUCAAUGCACGUCUCAUCCCAGUGCCCUACCACAGUUAUAUGGGGUUUUCUGUAGACUCAGCAAAAGGUAUAAUGAACCAAGAGGAGCUGACCUUUGUGGCCGGCGCACCACGUGCCAAUCACACAGGGGCUGUUGUGCUGCUGAAGACGGACAAUGUGCACCGACUUGUGCCACAGCACAUCUUUUGGGGGGAGGAGCUUGCAUCCUCCUUUGGAUAUUCUGUUUCCACUGUUGAUCUCAACAAUGAUGGGUGGACAGAUGUGAUUGUUGGGGCUCCUAACUUUUUUGACCGUAAAGCAGAGAUUGGAGGGGCUGUUUAUGUGUAUCUAAACCCCUUUGGUCACUGGACUGAUCAGGCCAGACCAAUCCGCCUGAACGGGACAUAUGAUUCCAUGUUUGGGAUGACAGUCAGCAAUAUCGGUGAUCUUGAUCAGGAUGGAUAUGGAGAUAUUGCAGUGGGGGCUCCAUUUGAUGGAGAUGGGAAAGUUUUUAUCUACAGAGGCUUGGAGACUGGAAUUGAGACAAAACCGGCUCAGGUUCUGGAUGGCCAUGACUUUGAUGUGAAACGUUUUGGAUACUCCAUCUCAGGAGGUCUGGAUAUUGAUGAGAACCACUAUCCAGAUGUGGUUGUCGGUUCUCUUAAUGACUCAGUUGUUCUCUUCAGGUCUCGUCCAGUCAUCCAAGUAACGAGAGAUGUUACAAUCGACCCUCAAUAUAUUGAUUUGGAGCAGAAGAACUGCAAGGGGAGAGAGGGAUUCUGUGUCGAGGUUCAGGCCUGCUUUAUGUUCACUGCACAUCCUCAUCACUACUCACCACAUAUUACCCUAGUGGUUCAGUUUGAGGCAGACAUGGAGCGCAGAAAGCUGGGUCUCCCUCACCGUGUCGACUUCCUGGGACGCAGCUCUCUGGACCCUGAGUACACACAGACAGAAGAGGUGGAGCUUCAUCGUCAGCGCCAUACUGCCUGCACCACAGCCAUCUUCCAGCUGCAUGAAAGCAUUCGUGACAAAUUGCGUCCCAUUUCAUUGGCAAUUACUCACACAAUCAAGCCUGUGCCACCGCGCAGGCACUCUGCGAAGAAAGCGCAGAAGCUACCACCUGUACUCAAUAUCUCUCCAUCUAACACGUUACAUUCUGAGGUGAACUUCCUGCGACAAGGAUGCGGCAGCGACAAAAUCUGUCAGAGCAAUCUGAAGCUGAGCUACCAGUUUGGAACCAAACCCCUCAGCUCUGACUUCUUCACCCCUCUGCCAAAAGAUGAUGAUGGCGUGCAGGUGUUUUCUCUGUCUGAUCAGCGACUGGUGGUGCUGGAGAUCACCGUCACCAACAUGCCUUCAGACCCUCUGAACCCUGAGGAGGAUGGUGAUGAUGCUCAUGCUUCCCAACUGUUUAUCUCCCUUCCAGACGCGUUACCUUAUGCUGGCUCCAGGGUCCCACCACAGAUGAUAUGUCAAGCCAAUCAGAACGGCUCCCUAGUUGAAUGUGAUCUUGGAAACCCUGUCAAACGAAAUGCAAAGCUAAUAUUUACCAUCAACCUGAGCACAUCAAACAUUACCACAGAGACCACUGAGCUGACAGCAGAUCUCCAACUGGCAACGAUCAGUGAGCAACUUGAUCUGGAUCCUGUCACAGCUUAUGCUAAAGUUGUGAUAGAGCUCCCCCUGUCUGUCAGUGGACUGGCUCGUCCUCACCAACUGUUCUUCAGCGGGAUGGUGAAGGGGGAGAGCGCCAUGACCAGCCUGGAGGACAUCGGCAGCCCUGUGGAUAUAGAGCUUGUGAUUUCCAAUCCUGGAAAAGCUCUCCAGACUCUAGGGUCUGCCUUCCUCAACAUUAUGUGGCCAAGUGAGUUGGCCAAUGGGAAGUGGCUAUUAUAUCCUGCAAGCCUGAAGUUUGAGGACCAACCAGAAACUUACUGUAGUCCUUCUGAGGCUAUAAAUCCUCUAAAACUGAGCUCCUCAGCUGCUGAUCAGGUGGUGGGUAGAAGUCGACGUUCACACCCAGAGGAGAAAUAUCUAGUAGUGACAAAAGACAGUGAUGAACGCACCACACCUGCUGUCGCAGCUUCAGAGAGGCGCAAGUCAAUAAAACUGGAUUGCCUCCUAGGCUCGGCCCGCUGUGUGCUGUUUCAGUGUCCACUCCACAGCUUUACCGGCCAGACUGUCCUCAAGAUCCAUGCCAGGCUGUGGAAGAGCAGUUUCAUAGAGGAUUUUCCAACAGUUAGUGCUUUGGAGCUGUUGAUCAGAGCCAACAUCACUGUGAAGUCCAGCAUCAAACACCUGGUCCUCAGGGAAGCAUCUGUACAGAUCCCAGUAAUGAUCUACCCUGAGCUUGGACUUGCAGACCAGUACUUGAUCCCCUGGUGGAUAAUUCUGGUAGCCAUUUUGGCAGGCAUCCUGCUGCUGACUCUCCUUGUCUGCUUAUUGUGGAAGUGUGGCUUCUUCAGACGCGCAACCUACAAAGACAAACUGCCCCAGUACCAUGCAGUGAAGAUUCCUCGGGAGCUUCGGCCACAGUUCCAAACUGAGAAGUCUGAAAGCGUCCAGAAAAAGGAAUGGGCCACACACUGGAGUGAUGGGACCUUGUAACUUUGAAGAAUUUGAAUCACUGUGUCUGACACUCAUUCUUUCUUUGCUUUAUAACUAACUGAUUUCAAAAGAAAAAAAGAAAAAUGCACCAAGACUGGGAUCAUAAGAUUAUGUGGAUGUCAGAAACAUGCAAAUAGUGGCUUUUGGGCAGAUCUGCAUUCUUUAAACUGCAGCUCAUUAACAUCUUGGCCUCAGAUAUUCUGUUUACACUGUGCAUCCACUAUUUCACAGUUUGACAGCGGGCAUCGAAGGCUCGCAACAAGAUUAGAACAAGCAUAGCUGCUCAGUAUGUUUUACAGCCUACACAAGGGAGCGUUGACGCUUCGCUGUCUGUCAGCAGUUUUGACUGGCAGAUCAAAGGAGGACUGGAAAAUCAAAGACACUCAUGAAUGCACAAACAUACAGGACAAUAUUAGAUGCCAACAGACAUGCAGAUUGAUGCAGAGGCCACAUGACAAAGACUACUUUUUGCCUUAACUACUGGGACUAGAGAAUGAGAAAGUAAAAGAGCUUUUUAAUGAAAAGAAUGCCUGGAAAUAAUUGUUUUGUUCGUAAUAGAGAACAAAUUGCAUUUUUCUGGCUACUUGAAACAGUAAUACAGGUGCAUCCCAGUAAAUUAGAAUAACAUUAUAAGAGGAAUUUAUUUCAGAAAUCCAGUUAAAAAAGUGGAUCAUAUCUAAAUUCCGUCAAAGUAAAAAAAAAA